CACGGCGUCGGAGUUUCGAGCAUCGGAUGUUGCCUCCGUGGCUCGCAGUCCGGCCCUCGGACCCAAUCGUUGCAGGAUCUGCCCCCGCGGUCCCGCGACUCGGUUGCUUGCGUGGCUGCGUGAAUUCCCUGCGAGGCCCCGAUAGGUUUAUUAUUGGCGACCCGAGGAGUUGAUCCGAGCAGGAGGCGAAUCGAGGUCGGUGGCCGGGAGCGCGGCUGGACGAAGAGCAUUGUUGAUUUGAAGUGCGAGGUCGCGGAAAUUCGCGCGCUGAGAGGAGGGCUCUGCAGGCGGUCGAGAGGAGCUGGGGCAUGCGACGAGUCGAGUGGAUUUGCCGGCUCAGACCAUCGGGAAGCAGGGUACAGGCGAAUGCAUAGCCAGACACGCCAAUGCUGGUCCGCACACAAGUGCGUCGUCAACUUAGGAUUAAGUAUGGCGUCGUGGGUCGUCAAUCCUCGCGCAUCUCCCCUGCCGCUGAGCCCCAAAGCUCUGCGAGGCAGAGGCCCUGUGUCGAGAAUGAAAGAUGCGGUGGAAUUUCUUGUCUUCAGCUUUUAGCAUGUAGACCUACCAAGUUGGGUCCGGAACGAGAUUUCGCUUCUCUGAGAAAGUACUUUUCGUCUCCGUGUAAUCGUUCAUCCAAGUCGGCUUCUCCCGAGCCACCUCCAGAGAAUGCUCAUCCUCAGGUCAACGGGGAGAAUCUGUCGAAGGAAUUUACAUCGGGUUCGCCGUUUUCGACCCAUCAUCUCGAGCAAGAAAGACUGGUUGUCAAUGUGGGUAACAAUGACAUUCGCUCAUCUUCCUGGACAAAGAGGAACAAUGCAAUCGGAGCGAUUUCCGCAUCUGUUGUAGUUUUAGUAAGUGCAGUAGCUGCUAUGAGCUACGAAGAAGAAGGAAGCACGACCCAAGCCAAAGGAGUACUCGUCUCUACUGGGUCAAUUAUAUGGGAUUCAGUUGCCCACAUGAAAAAAGCUGUCGGAACGAUGUUGAGGGAAGGUGCAGAAAGUGUCAUCGACGCUGGAACUUCGACGGCAACAUUGGCAUAUUGUCUGAUUUCUGUUUUAAUGACAGCCAGCGAAGGUACCAUAAAUUCAAACAGGAGCUGGCUGAAGCCUCGAGUAGCUGCAUUGGUAGCAGACAUAGCGGCGCAUGAGUAUAGAAGAAAAGCAGUUGUGGAAGCAGGCGGAGGUCAGGUAGUAGACUGGUUGCUGAAGGCUGUGGCAACAGUGGAUGCUCACGGCUGCUUGGUAUCUCAGGCGGAGUCUGCGCGGGCACUGGCAUAUCUUCUUUCUGAUGAGAGUACUUGUGAGGACGUUUUGAGUAGACCGAGGGCUUUGUCAUUAUUGUUUCAGUUCGCAUCGUCCCUGCAUGCCGAACAGGGUUUUCAAGAUUGGAGCAAAGGACAAGCUCUUCACAUUGCCUCUGAGGGCUCAAGGGGGAGAAGUAUGCUAGUGACAGCAAUUAUGGAUCUCAUUACGUCCAGCUGUGAUGCUGAGGUCGCAAGCGUUAGACCCAAACUUCCAGAAAGUGCUGAUCCUGAAGACAUUGCCGCUGCUCUCCAAGUUGUGAAAGACGGUGGUUGGCAUGGUGAUGAUCAAAAUUCGAAAGACAGUGACUCACCCGGUAAGACUGGCAACAACCGGAAGGGAGUUCAUGGAAUUGGGAUCCGAGUUCUUGGUGGUACAGGUGUGCUCGGAGUUCAGAGGGAACAGUACAGUCUCUCACUUAGUGAGAAAUUUUAUAGUAGUCUCAUGGAAAAGUUGAAGGAGUUCUGGAUUCCGAGGACCCUACUUUUCACUUCAAAUGGCAAUAGUAGUACAGCAUUUUCUGACAAGUCGCAACGGCGGAGUUGGGGAGGCCAAAAAGUCGCUGCUUCUGAACGUAGUCGGGCCAAGUAUGGUCUGUGGGAUGAUCUGCAAGGUAGACACAUAACAGUACCCUUAGCAGCUUGGGCUCUUGCAAACUGGGCUCAGGCAUCUGCUGGAAAUCGUGCGAAGAUUUUGGAGCUUGACGGAGAUGGGGAGGCACUCUUAGCAGCUGUCUUAGCUCCUGAAAAGACUGUCAAAUGGCAUGGAGCAAUGGCUAUGAGACUACUUCUUGGAAGUAAAAACUAUGCCCUCAAUGAUAUUGCUCCUCGCUGGAGCUCUGCUUUGUUAGGUGUCGCUGCCCAGGCUGGUAAAGUUGAAGACACUUCUCUUGCACAUUGUGCGAUUUUAGCGCUGACUGCCUGUGUGUCUCGCUCAAAACCUGCGCAGAGUCUUGUGUUUCAGACAGGUCUCCCUGUUUUGCGCGAGAUCGCUAAUGAAUCUGAGGUCAACUCAACCGUUCAGGGAGCACUGGCCCAGCUGCUAGAUGUGCUCACCGCUGAGGAAGAUGGUCUUCCUUUAGAUGAAAGUAAGAAAUGGGCCGCUACUUUAUUGAGAUGGGCUUGUAAUCGAGUAAGUGACAAUUCUACUCGUGAUUGUGGCUCAAGAGUACUUGUUAGGGUGCUGAACAAUCUUGGACAGGGCGGCAUCCCCAUUUCACAAGCCUGGCUAGCGCUAUUGCUCGUAGAAGCAGUUGCAGACGGAAAAUUAGGACAUGUGAAAACGAAGAGGCAUGGGCAUGCGAGCAGUGAGGCGAAGGAGCGAGAGCAAGUUCAGAAUCAAUUGACUCAAGCAGCCAUUGCUGCGGCUGCGCAGCUAGGAAAAGUUAUUGCUCAGGAAGCCGCAUACAGGUCUAGUGUGUCUGGGGCAGAAGGUGACGUUGCUGAGAGCGCUGCAGAAUUGCCUAUGAUAGACUUGCUUGGACUUGAUGUCAUGGGCAGCAGUACAACAAAGGCUGCUCCGAAGGAAUCUACAGCCAAAGUCAGUGCGAAAGAGGCAGCCGAGGCUGUUCGAAAAGCCAUCAAGUCCUUAACAGAGUUGACAGCAGAGGAGCCUGCAUGGCGGCAAAGAAUUUUGGAUGCUGGCGCCCUUUGUUUGUUACGAAGAUUCCUCCUUUGCAACGAUUACGAGGACUGGUCUGAUUCUGAGGCUAUUGAGAACGCUAGUCAGAUUGUGCAAAACGCCAAAGAUGAUACGCAGGUUGUGAAGAAAGGCAGUAAGAAUGUCUCCGUUGAUCAGAAUAUAACUCCACAUAUUCGAAAACAUGCGGCACGGUUGCUCUCGGUUUUGACCCUACAGCCUGCUGCAUCGCCUGUGAUUACUGGAGACCGGGAGUGGUUUACCUGGCUGAGAAGUUGUGCUGAUGGUCGAAUCUCGGGCUGCACCGACAAGAAAACUAGGAGUUAUGCAUUGACUGCUCUCUUGAAUGUUUCUCAAGCUCAAGUAUAUCUGAAAAAUCCGAGGCCACCAAUUUUCAAUGCCGUGACCAAAGGUAAAUCUAAGACUGGAAAGGAUUCUCUUGAUGAGUUUUGGCCACGAUAUGAAGACACGAUAUUCUUGAUGAAUCCUAGUUCUGACAUUUGGAAGAGGAAGCUAGUUUGCAAUUUUCAAAUUCCGCAAGGAGACGAGCAAGAGACGAAGACGAUGGAAAGAUUGGACGAGGUUAGUCCGGCAAAUCAAGGUGUUAGUCAUUCUGUACAUCAAGGAGACGCUAUACGUGAGCCAGUUAUGGAUGUGGUAUUUGUACAUGGGUUGCGCGGUGGACCUUAUAAAACGUGGCGAGUAUCAGAAAACAAGGUGUCAAGUACUACUCCCCUUGUUGAAAAGAUUGACGAUGAAGCUGGGAAACAAGGUACCUGUUGGCCUCAAGAAUGGUUGGCAGAUGAUCUUCCUCGCAGUCGAUUGCUUACUAUUAAGUACAAGACGAAUCUUUCUGAGUGGUCGGGAGCUACAUUACCCCUUCAGGAAGUGAGCUCGAUGCUGCUGGACAAAUUGUUAGCUGCAGGAGUUGGCGACCGGCCAUUAGUAUUUGUCACACAUAGCAUGGGUGGCCUAGUGGUUAAACAGAUGCUCUUGCAAGCAGGAAGAGAUAAAUCCAGAGCACAUCUUGUAAAUCAAACUACCGGCAUAGUCUUUUACAGCUGCCCACAUUUUGGCAGCAAGCUUGCCGAUAUGCCUUGGCGUAUUGGGCUUGUUUUAAGGCCAGCCCCUACGAUAGGAGAGUUGAGGAGUGGAUCUCCACGACUGGAGGAGUUGAACCAUUAUCUUCGGCACUUGCACAAAGAUGGACAUUUGGAUGUUUUAAGUUUUAGUGAGACUAAAGUGACACCUCUGGUGGAAGGUUACGGUGGCUGGGGUCUUCGAAUGGAAGUCGUACCUAUUGAAUCAGCUUAUCCAGGAUUUGGCGAACUGGUUGUACUUCCCGGCACUGAUCAUGUAAACUCGUGCAAGCCAUUGAAUCGUGCUGAUCCCGCUUACACUAAGACGCUUGAGUUUCUACACAAUCAAGAGUUGUACGCAGAAAGAGUAUCACAGGCAUCCAUAGAUUAGUAGGCUUAUGCUAAUUCUGUACAGAUUAUGUCAUAUUAUGAGCUCGGAUCUGUACUUAAGUACAGUAAAGUAUCUGGUUAGUACAUUUCAUUAUUUGUAGAAGGUGAUCACCGUGCGCGAGAAUACAUAUUAGAAGGACCAAAAUAACUACCUUUAGUCCCUUAAUAUCCUGGGCCUCACUGUCUAACCACACUAACGGCUUAUUCGAAGUAAUGCACUCUUAAGUUUAUUUCGUGUAUUAUAUGUGCACGAGAUUGGUGUACAUUUGAAAACAAAAGUUGCGCGCGCAAUUUAAGCUAAUUGAUCAUUAUAUACAUUCAAACCAAUAU